AAAAUUUAAAAAAAUAUAUAGCUAAACAAUUAAUAGUUAAAUGGAAAAAGAUAUGAGCGUCAUAUUAUUAACUGUAGCACAAGCUGAAGAAAGUCUGAAUAAAUGUAAAUUGGGCAAGUACGGAACUAAUUGUUUAGCAGAUUGUGAAUGCAACCCGAUGGGAUCAACUGGAAAGUGUAACUUUUAUGGGCAAUGUGAUUGUCUCGAUGGCUAUUGGCACUAUAAAUGCAAUAAAAAAUGUGAAAAAUGCCCUUCAAAUAAAUGUCAUUUUUGGGGUGACUGUAUAUGUGAAGAUUUUAAAUAUGGAAAAGAUUGCGAAAAAGACUGCAAAUGCGAUAUUCGCACUUCAUCUGGGUGUGAUCAUGCAGGCAAAUGUUUAUGCAAGGUUAUCCCUGACAACAAUCAAACGUUAACUCUGAAGAGUUUAUGUUUGGAGAACCAAUUUUGUGAUACUGAUGGAAGUUGUAGAUGCAAAGGUUGGAAAUAUAGACCUAAAUGUGAUCGAGAGUGCUCUUGUAAUAAAAACAAUUCGAAGUUACCAUGUGAUUACGAAGGAAGAUGUACAUGCAAAAUGGGUUAUUAUGGCCAAAAAUGCUAUUCAGAAUGCCCAAAUGAUUGUCAAAAUUCCUUCUCACAUAAUAGUUGCAGCUUAGAUGAUGGAAGAUGCUUGUGUAGAGAUAACUAUUAUGGAUUGAAAUGCGAAAAGAUGUGUAAUUGUGAAAAAGGUGAUUUUUGUGACAUGACAUCAGGGAAAUGCCGAAAUUUAGAAGAAAUAGUUAAAGGAAUGAAGAAUUAUGGUAUUUUGUAGAAAAUUGGAAUUUAUAAAAUAUUAUAUCUAUGUUAAAAAUUUCAUAUAUAUCCUAAUUACUU